CCAUCGGACAUAUUUAUGGGACUACUUUUGAAGUAACCAGUGGUGGAAACCUCCAGCCAAAGCAAGAGGUGGAAGAGACUACCACAGGAAAUAGUUCAACAGUUAAUAGAGAACAGUACAACAUUCAGAGACAAAACAGAAUUUGCUCAAGAUAAAUACAUAAAGAAGAAGAAAAAAAAAUAUGAGGCAGUUAUUACAAUUGUGAAACCUUCCACUCGCAUCCUUUCCACCAUGUAUUAUGCAAGGGAACCUGGAAAAAUUAACCACCUGAGAUACGACACCCUGGCUCAGAUGCUGACUUUGGGAAACAUCCACGCUGGCAACAAGAUGAUUGUCAUGGAAACAUGUGCAGGCCUGGUGCUGGGGGCUGUGAUGGAGAGAAUGGGGGGCUAUGGAUCCAUCAUUCAGAUGUACCCAGGAGGGGGACCUGUUAGAGCUGCCACCAGUUGUUUUGGAUUUCCCAAACCUUUUUUUGAUAAUCUUCACGAAUUUCCUCUCAGCAAAGUGCAGAGUCUCCUGUCUGGGACAUUCACUACAGAGACUCUGCCUGCAGACCCUGAGGAGAAUGCACUGGUGGAAGAGGAGAGCAAUGGAUUGAGUGAGGAGAAACAGACUUCCCUGCAGGAAACAGAGGAGGAACCUGCUACUGAAGCACCUAUGGAGAUGAAUCCAACAGAAGAGCAAGACACGAUGGACAUUAAUGCUGAAGAUGUAGAAUUCAAAGGGAACAAAGAAAAAGAAAAUAAAGAAAAUGCUCGGGAAAAGCAAAUGAAACAGUGGGAGAGAAGGAAAAAGCUGAAAGAAGCUGCUGCUUUGCUGAGAGAGAAGAAUGCUGAUGGCUUAAUUGUAGCCAGCAAGUUUCAUCCCACCCCCUUGUUACUUUCUUUAUUGGAAUUCGUUGCUCCUUCGAGGCCUUUUGUUGUCUACUGCCAAUAUAAAGAGCCUUUAUUAGAAUGUUACACCAAGCUAAGAGAAAGAGGUGGAGUCAUCAACCUGAAACUGUCUGAAACCUGGCUACGGAACUACCAGGUUUUACCAGACCGCAGCCAUCCCAAGCUGACCAUGAGUGGAGGUGGAGGGUACCUCCUGUCUGGCAUCACUGUCGUCUUGGAGAAGGGCAGAUCUGAUUCCAGUAGCUCAGAAGCACUAAAGAUGGAGGAGCCAUCAUCUAAAAGGUGCAAACUUCAAGACCUUCCUUGUUAACAUUUGGAGGACUGACUUGUGGUUUAGAUCUCAGGAGUUUAGUGAAAU